GUGCAACAAAGCAGUAAAUAUUGCAUCAAGCAUGUAAAUCUUCACUGCUUUAAAAAAAAAAUCAUUGUUGUCGGUCUGUAUAUAACAAAGUGCAAGAAAGGCAAAUUCUAGUUUAGGAACCAUAGAUGUUUGCAUAAACAUCACAGAAAGUCAGAAAACUUGACAACGUUUGAAAAAAUUCCUUUUAAAACUGCUUAAUAAAAGAUUUGAAGUUCAGGAUUCAGUUUUCUUCUUUCUUUUCUAGGUACAGACAUAUCUAAUAAGAAAGAAACAGCGAAUGAAGAUGAAGCUGGGAAAGCAGAGAUGACUGUGCGUAAAAGGGGAAGAAAACCCAGGCGUUCUCUGGUUCAGGCAGAGGAAACUGGGCUUUUGGAAAAUUAUAGCACAUGUGUAAAAUUUUACAUGGACAGAAAUGCUGGAACCAGAAAGAAAACGUCGGAAAUUAACAUCUUCAGAAGAGGAGAUAAGAGAGCAGGAGGAAGGUGAGGAAGAAGACAAUGAGGAAGAUGAUGAGUCCACAGCUAGACCAGCCACAAGACUAGAGGCUCAGAGAAUGCAGUCCAGCAAGCCAACCACUCGUGCAACUUCUAAAGGCAGCAGUCCGAGUUCAGUUUCUCCCAGAAGACAACAGAAAUUAUCAGCAAAAAAGAGAUCUCCAAGUGAUACAAAAAUUAACAAAUCUCCUCCGUCAACACAGCAAAAGGUGCAGUCUACGAAGCGUAAAAGAGAAGGCAGCCCAACAGCAGUACGAAGAAAAGGCCAGCAAAAAACAGAAGAGACACCAGCGAAGAAAGCAAAGCGAUAAUCUCUACCAGCUGGUACUGUUUGUGGAGGAGUCAAAAGGAGGAAAAAAAAAAUCUGUGCUUCUAUUUUUUUUUUUUUUUUAAAGCUAAAGGGAUUUGCACGUGCUUCUUUCAGAGCUCUAAGUUAAUCAAUGCAGUACUUUUAAGUUACAUUUUAAACAGCUUUAUAAACUAUUGUUUAUACAGAAUAUUAUGUACAUUUAUUUCAGAUGGAAAAAUAAGUUUACUUUGUAUCUGAAUGAAAAACAAAGCAGUUAUAUAUUUUAUCACUGACUUGGAAAGUUGGGGAUACCCAAUGUGACAUGCUAAUGCAGAUGCUUCCAACUCCUGAGACACCCCUGGCCUACUAAUACACUUUGUACAUAAACUUGUAAAAAUAGGUUGUAUUUUACUCUGUGUAUGAAUCUAAUCAACAACGGACAUCUUAUUUAUUAUAUGGAAAGCAUUGGUCUGUAAACUUUAGUAUAUACUGUAGGCUUUUUUAAUUAUAUAUUUUACAUUCUAUGCAGAUGUCAGUAGGAAACUUCACUCCCCCAGAGCUGUCUAAAAUCUGAAGUUCUCUAAAAUACACUCAGACAGUUGGUAAAACAUUUUUUUCGCAUGCAUCGCAGUAGGUUUGCGUAGUGAAAGCAACUGGGCUCCUUUCUCUUCAUGCGUGAGAAGCAAGAAAUUUAAAGUAUGAUCUUAAUAGAUUAUAUUUUUCAUUUGUGAUUUUACUACCAACCUUGAGAAACAAAUAGCAUUAGGUGAGGUUUAUUUGAGUCAGCCAACUCUAGCCUGAAAUGGAGCAAUUUUAUUUUGCAACUAAACACCCGUUCUUUCAGAAUUUGUCUUUUUCAACAAAGAGGGACCCACUGAAAUGAAACAUCACUUCUCCUAACUAUAGAGCUUCAGCAUUUUAUGUUACAUUUUAUACACAGGUAUUAAAAAUUGAACCUGGUAUUAUUGCCAGAAUCUUUUUUUAAUGUAUAUUUACUCUGGUAAGAGCAAAUGUUCAAGUGAAGUUGUAUAUAAAGUUCAACUUUUCUUAUGAUCAAA